CAGCUGACGUCGUAGUCCUGACGUCAUCAAUGGUGCUACACCAGGCCGCGAUUCCCAAAAACGAGGCCGAUAAACAAUCCCAUGUGUAGUAGUGUGUAUUAUCCUUGUGAAAAUUAUCAUGAGCACAGAUGAGCGUAAUCGUAGUGAACAUAACCUCCAACUCCUUAUGAAAUGUCAUAUCCGUCAAAUUUUGGCGCCAAUCGCAUAGUGGAUGUAUGCUUGCCUUGCCGCUUGGUUUUAUUUGAUUUGAUUCUAAUUCCAUUUGAAUUAUUUUGUGCAUCUAGAAGUGUUCGUGUUUCAAAACACUCGAGAUUUCCAUUGAAUUAUUGGAGUAAAAUAGCAUCACCAUGCCUAGACGGACACCACCCCCAGAAUCACCUGCGCCUACACCACAGUCGAAUAUGUCUUCACCAGCACCGCCCCAAGACGACCUUGACAUGGAACCUUUUCAAGAUGAAGGUUUAUUGGGCGAUAUGGAACAAGAAAUCGAGGAGGAAGAUGGAGAAGAACUAUUUGGAGAUAACAUGGAAAAUGACUAUCGCCCAAUGCCCCACUUAGACAGAUAUGACGAAAAUCUAUUAGAUAAUGAAGAUGACUUUGAUCCCAUGUCAGUUCAAGAUCGUCUUGCAGCAGAAGCAGAACUAAGACAAAGGGAUAGAGAGUUGGGAAUUUUGAGAAGAGAUGAUCGUGAGCUGUUUUACGACAGAGAAGAUGAUGAAGAUCCUAGAAAUAAGAGACGUAGGGCUGAAAAGGCUGCUGCAGGUGAAACAGAAGACCAAGAAAUGAUUGAAUCGAUUGAAAACCUUGAAGACACUAAAGGUUAUUCAAUCAAAGAUUGGGUUGUUAUGAUGGGUCCCAGAACUGAAAUUGUGAACAGAUUCAAAAAUUUCUUGAGGACCUAUGUUAAUGCCAGGGGACAAAAUGUUUAUAAGGAAAAAAUAAAGAGGAUGUGUGAAAAUAAUCAGUCAAGUUUUACGGUUGAGUUUCCAACUCUGGGCAACAAAGAACAUGUGCUGGCCUAUUUUCUACCAGAAGCUCCAUUCCAAAUGUUGGAAAUAUUCGACGAAGUCGCAAAAGAAAUUGUUUUGUCCAUGUUUCCUAGUUAUGACAGAGUUUCCAAUGAAAUCCACGUUAGAAUAUCUGAUUUACCGCUUAUUGAAGAGUUAAGAACAUUUAGAAAACUCCAUGUUAAUCAAUUGGUGAGAACUUUGGGCGUAGUUACUGCCACAACAGGAGUGUUGCCUCAGUUGUCCAUAAUCAAGUUUGACUGUGGCAGAUGUGGUUUUAUUUUGGGGCCUUUUCAACAAACUCAAGACAUGGAAGUGCAGCCCAAUUCCUGUCCAGAAUGUCAGAGUAGUGGACCAUUUACGAUUAACAUGGAACAAACAGUCUACAGAAACUACCAGAAGAUCACGCUACAAGAAUCUCCUGGUAGAAUUCCAGCUGGCAGAGUUCCUCGUUCAAAAGAUUGCAUUCUUUUGGCUGAUUUAUGUGACAGAUGCAAACCAGGAGAUGAAGUGGAUAUUACCGGCAUCUACACUAACAGUUAUGACGGUUCUCUAAAUGUAGAUAACGGAUUUCCAGUGUUUGCUACAGUAAUUUUCGCCAACCAUUUGGUUGUCAAAGAUUGCAAGCAAAUAGUACAAAGUUUGACAGACGACGACAUCAGCGCCAUAAUAAAAAUGAGCAAAGACCACAGGAUAUCUGAAAGAAUUAUCGCUUCAAUUGCCCCAUCUAUUUUUGGGCAUGACUAUAUUAAAAGAGCCUUGGCUUUGAGUUUGUUUGGUGGAGAAUCCAAGAAUCCAGGUCAAAAACAUAAAAUUAGAGGCGACAUCAAUGUACUUAUUUGUGGUGAUCCUGGUACUGCAAAAUCUCAAUUUUUGAAAUUCGUUGAAAAAAUUGCUCCAAGGGCUGUAUUCACUACUGGCCAAGGUGCCAGUGCCGUUGGUUUAACUGCUUACGUCAGAAGAAACCCUGCUACAAGAGAAUGGACUUUAGAAGCUGGAGCCUUAGUUUUAGCAGAUCAAGGAGUGUGCCUUAUUGAUGAAUUCGACAAAAUGAAUGAUCAGGACAGAACCUCAAUCCAUGAAGCCAUGGAACAACAAUCUAUCUCGAUUUCCAAGGCUGGUAUAGUAACCAGUCUGCAGGCCAGAUGUUCCGUUAUCGCUGCUUCUAAUCCUAUAGGCGGGCGCUACGAUGCCAGUAUGACGUUCACAGAAAAUGUUAAUUUGUCCGAUCCUAUUUUGUCCAGAUUCGAUAUACUUUGCGUCGUUAGGGAUGAGGUUGAUCCUAUUCAAGACCAACAUUUAGCCAGAUUCGUUGUGAAUUCUCAUAUACGCCACCAUCCAUCGAAAAAAGAUGUAGAAGAAGCGGAAGAUAUUGAAAACGAUCUACAAAUUCCACAAGAAAUGUUGAAAAAAUACAUUGUCUACGCCAGAGAAAACAUCCAUCCGAAAUUACAAAACCUUGACCAAGAUAAAGUUGCAAACAUCUACAGUCAGCUGAGACAGGAAUCUUUGGCCACAGGAAGUCUUCCUAUAACAGUUCGUCAUGUUGAAAGUAUAAUUCGUAUGAGUGAAGCCAACGCUAAGAUGCAUUUAAGAGAAUAUGUACAGGAAGACGAUGUGAAUAUGGCUGUUAGGAUGAUGUUGGAAAGUUUCGUGGAGACUCAGAAAUAUAGCGUUAUGAAGUCUAUGAGAAAGGUCUUCCAAAAAUAUCUUUCAUUCAAGAAAGACCACAGUGAAUUAUUGUAUUACAUCUUGAGACAGCUUUCUCAAGAUCAACUUACCUUUCAAAAACAUACUAAUGAAAUGGAGGCUCUCAUUAUAGAGAUAGAUGAAAAGGAUCUUAUUGAUAGGGCUAAACAAAUUGAUAUACACGACCUUAAGCCCUUCUAUCAAAGUAAAAUCUUUGAAAAUAAUCAUUAUGUGUACGACGCAAAACGUAAGAUCAUCAUCCAUACAAUUCCGGAAACACUCACUGAUGAUUAAUAUUUUUAAGGUAAAAUCUGGUUUGUUAUAGUUUUAUAUGUUAUAAAAAAAAAUGGCAUCACAUAAAAAGUUUUUUUUUUUCUAAGAAAAUUUGUCUUUUUUCAUUGUUCCAUUAAAUUAAGUACAUAACUUAUCACAGCCUAAAAUUAUAGUUCAAUAGACUGAUUUUUAUACUUUUCUUAUUUAGUAUUUCAAUAAGGUUUUCAUUUUGUGAGCAAUACUUUUUUAGUUUUCCGAUUAAUGAUCUGGGAAUCUCAGAUACUUCUAAUCUUAUUUAUAAUAACUUUAUUUCUUUUCUAGAAUAUAUUAUUUUUGUAAUGAUCCAGUUUUGGUUGUCUUUUUUUUGUUUAGUUUAGCUUUAAAAGUUUUUUAAUAAAAAC